AGCCAUAUCCCAAUCUGAACUGCUGAAAGUCUCCAUUUCUUUACAGUAUGAGCCAGUCCGGAUUUUACAUUCAUUCUGUGAGCUUAAUAAUAAUAAUAAUAAUUCUCCCCUCAUUUGUUUAAUGCAAGCUAGAGGCACUGAUGAACGCACUGCUGAAUCAUUUCUGUGCUUGACUUGGUUUCCUGUCGCCACGGUGACUUGUUUAGUGAGCGCUCAGAUCAAGACCACAGUGAAGCGGAAGCUCUAUGAAGACAGUGGGGUCCCCCUCCCCUCCGAGUCCCCAAAGAAGUCCCAGAAGAAAGCCCCCGUCGCCGUGGUGACGACCCCCUCUGUCAUCGCCGUGCCGACUGCCCAGGUCGUGGCGAGCCGGGGGCUGCCGGACCCCUCCCCCUCCCCCGCCAUCAAGAAACAGAAAACUGCAGCGGAUGUAACUCUCAGCGCUCUCAAUGACUCGGAUGUGAACAGCGACCUCGUUGAUAUCGAGGGGCUGGGCGAGGGGUCGGCCACCAAGAAGCUCAACUUCGACCAGGACAGUUUGAAUCUGGAUUCCAGUCUCAUCAUGAACUCCAGUGACCUGCCUCUGCUCUCCCGCUGACAGACAGACGGACGGAAUCUCCAUUCCAGCGCCCGUUACCAUGGAAACAAGGGCUGGGUGUGAAAACGGAUUUCUCGAGGCGCCUGGGGGCAGGGGGGGGGGGGUGAACCUGGCACUCCUUUUAUCUGAGUGCGAAAGACUUUUUUUACCAACAUACAUUAUUAGUAUUAUACUUUUUUUUUUUUUUUUUUUUAAACAGAAUUUGAACAACCAAGCAGGUUAUUUAAAAAAAACAAAAAAAAAAAAAACACAUUUUUAAUAAAUAAAGUUAGUUGUGUUUUUUUUUUAUUUUAUUUUUUUUUGUCUUCAAUAAAAAUGACAGAAGUGGCCGUUUGGAAAAGUAGGUUUACUGUACUAGGAAAACCAAACCAACCCCCUCUGUGAAUAACUGUGCUGUGUUUGGGUCCUUGCUUUUAGAUCAUGAUUCAUAUUCGUGGAUCUCUACCUGUUUGUAUUAUAAUUAUGAGCGGCUGCUAGCCGUUUUAAAAUGCUGAGUAAAGAGGAGCUCUGAAGCCGUGA